AUGGAGGCAACGGCGACGGAGGCGGAUCGAAGAAGAUCUGGUAUAUUGGUCGAUGUCGUAGAGAGGACGAAGAAAGAGAGAAUCUGGUGGUUGAGAGACGAUGAGACUCUUUCUAAUCAAAUUGGAUCACGACCGUUGGAUACGACCAAUAGGAAUAAUCCGACGGUCUAGAACGAGCCUAUGACAAGUAUAUUAAAAAAAACGAAAGUGACGGAGAGUGUCUGAACAAGACCUUGUUUGGUUUUUUGCAAUUGCUUACUCUUUUGACGCUAGUCUCUAUAUCGUAUUUAUAGGCGAAACUCGAAAGAGAGAGAAGAGAGGCCAAGUUUGGUUCGCUUCUAUUAUUAUUGCGUCAAAAAACUAGGUUUUUGAUUUUUUUUUUAUUAUUACUAUAUUGUAUAGUUUUAUUUUAAGGUAUUAUAACUUGUGAAUUAUUUAAGACUUGGAUACUCUAUUAUUACUGUCUAGGUCCCCUUGUGUCAUAUGCUUGUUAUUGGGUUAAAGAAUAUAAGCUUUGUUUCUAUGAUUAUAUAUCAAUAAUUAAAUAUGACUGAUUUCGUAUGUAACUACAUUUGUAUUGGCACUAAACUUUUUUUUUCUUUCAUUAAAAUCAUGUGGGCUACUCUUGUCACGAAGAAGAAAGUUGGGGAUUGUGGCAAUUAAAAAUGCAUUACUUAUUGGUUGUGUCGAAUAGAUUGGUACUAGUGUACUACAUAUG